AUGUCCAUCCACCUCCGCGGCGACCCCCGGGUGUAUACCGUCCUCUUGCGGGCCCGGUCAAUGCGGGAAAGCAAGCACCUGAAGGCCAAUGAAUUUGAGAACGCCGGGAAAGUCAUCCUGCCGAGCCUGGUUCUGCAAGAGCUGUCCCACCAUCUGGUCACCUACCCGAUGGUUUUCUCCUUCUCCUAUGGCGAUCGAAUCACCCAUGGGGGUGUGGCCGACUUCGACCAGUGCCCAGGCAACGUGUACUUCCCCUCCUGGAUGAUGGACCAGCUGGGCAUCACGUCCGGUGACAAUGUCGUCGUUCGCAAUGUCAACCUCCCCCUGGGCAACUUUGUGCGGCUACAGCCGCUGACCGAGGACUUCCUGCAAAUCCACAACCAUCGAGCCACUCUGGAGCAUGGCCUCGUCCAGUAUGGCGCCCUGACCAAGGGCGAUGUCAUCACCAUCCCCUACGGCGACGAUCGGGUGUACAGACUCCGGGUGCUGGACACCAAGCCGGCCCCGGCCAUCGCCAUCACUGAGACCGAUCUCGAGGUGGACUUCGCCCCGCCGGCCGAUGUGGAAGCUCGUGAGCGGGCUGAGGCCGAGCGCCGCGAAGCCGAGGCGGCCCGCCAGGAGCGCGAACGCCAGGCCCUGGAGGCCGCGCGCCUGGCCGCCGCCACGGCCGAAGCUCGCCGGGUCAACUUCGUUCCCUUCUCCGGGUCCGGGACGCGCGUGCGCUCCGGCACGGCCGGGCCUUCGGGCUCUCGAUCGGGCCAUGACCCGGCCCUUGAGGCGAUCCUUGCCGAGGCUGCUGCCCAGAAGCCCGUCGUCCGGCCCUUCCUCCAUGGCGUCAACCCGGCCGCCGUGGUCCCGCUGGACCUGGGCCCGGUCGGUGCCAUUGUCAUCGGGUCACCGCAGCGGCUGGCCGACCCCGAGCAGCUGAAGGCCGCCAGCCAGGGGCUCCUUUCCUCCGGGGCUUCCUCUUCGGACACAGCCCUGCCCGGCGGGGCGCCAAUCUUCUCCGGGACCAGUGCCACACUCAAGAAGAAGAAGCGCUCGAAAAAGGCCAAGUCCAGUGUCGACGCGCCAUAG